AUGUUGCACUCUCUAAGGCUGUGGCUGUGGCUGUGUCUGCCUUUGGUGCCUUGCUGUUUGGCUGCACUGCAGCCAGCGGAGAGCUAUCAGCCCAGGGAAGUGGAUCGAGCUGCAGUGCAUGUGCUGAGGCAUUACGUUAAUCCGAGCUAUAAUUCGAUGGGGAUUAUGAAGAUGGCGCGUUUGGAGCGGCCGCAUCUCGAACUGAACUUGGCCUUGGGCUAUUUGCUGCAGCAGCUGGGCGAACAGAUGGCUGUGCAGCUGCUGCAUGCCAAGCCCAUCGAGGAGCCGCGCGAUCAUAUUCUGUUCCUGGUGGACACUCCGCACUCGUUUCGCGAGCUGCGUUUUAGCUUCGCCAAGUCGCUCUUCGAUCGCGAGUUCAAUUUUCUGAUCGUGCUCAGCUGGCGCGCCGAGACAGAGAAGUCAUUACUCUCGGCUCUCUACAGCAUCUUCAAGACCUGCCUCAGCUUCCAUGUGCUGAAUGCUGUGGUGCUGGUGCAGCCCGCCUGGCUAGCCGCGGAUGUGGUGCAUCUCUAUGGCUUUCACUUGUAUGCGCCCGGCUGCAAUGUCUCCUUCACGCCGAUGCUGCUCGAUCGCUAUGAGCGCGGCAAGCUGCUGAGGCAGGAGCCGCUCUUUGGCCGUCAGCUGGGCACCUUCUUUGGCUGUCCAUUGAACAUCAGCUGGUAUCUAUUGCCGCCGUAUGUGAUGUUCGUUGGCGAUCAGCAUGACCCGAAGCAGCGCAUGGAAACCUGGCGCCUGACGGGUGUCGAUGGAGAGCUGAUCAAGAUGCUGGCGAAAAUCUUUCACUUUCGUUUGCACCUCCUGCCGCCGUGUGAGAAGAAGUCAGUUGCAUUGCCGCUGAACAGCAGCACCGAGGACUGCCUACACCAGCUGGCGGCUCACAACUCCUCAGUGAUCAUUGGCGCCAUGAGCGGCUCACAUGUAUUACGCGAAAACUUCUCGACGACCAGCGCCUACCAUCAGAGCGCUCUGGUGUUUGUGGUGCGCGUGGAUCAGCAUAUGGGCGCAGUGAACCAGCUGGUGCAGCCAUUCUGUGCCACGGUCUGGCUGGCAUUGAGCGUCUCCUGCUUGGCCCUGUUGCUGCUGCAGUGGUUGUGGCGUCGGCGAAGCGUUCGCUUCGAUGUGGUGGCCAGUGGCUUGCGUGUCCACACCACUCUGCUGGGCAAUCCACUGGACGCAGCUGCCCUGCCGCGUGCGGGCAUAGUGCGCUGCUAUCUGGGCGCCUGGCUGCUCUUGGCGCUGGUGCAGCGCGCCGCCUACCAGGGCAAGCUCUACGAUGCCUUUCGACUGCCCUACUAUCCGCCUGUGCCGGAGCGAAUUGGCGAGCUGCUCGAGCAGCGCUAUCAGUUCCUCACUCACGACUACGUGGACUAUUUUCCGACACAGCGCUCCUUGCUGCGCAAGACGAACCUCGCGCAACGUUUCGAGGAACUGCAAGCGGCUGAGGAUGGCGCCCGUCUGACGACCAGCGCUCUGCUGGGCAACCUGGCCCACUACAAUUAUGAGAAUUGGCAGAGCAGUCGCUUGACCCAUGUCAAGGAGCACAUCUACUUGUAUCAGCUGGUCAUGUGUCUGCAUCGCCAUUCGAUUCUGAAGUUUGCCUUCGAUCGCAAGCUCAAGCAACUGCAAUCAGCUGGCAUCGUCGGGCACAUCAAUCGGCAUUUCGAGCGGCGCCUGUUCCAUGCCCCCUACGUCUCGCACGAAGCGUCGGCUCUUAGGCUCGAGAUGUUCUGCGGCCUCAACUUUAUCUGCUAUAUUAUGCUGCUAACAGCUCUGAGUGUCUUUCUGCUGGAGCUGCUCAGUCUGCGCGUGGUCUGGCUAAGGCGCUACUUUGACUAG